GUCCUCUACCCUUCGAUCAAUCCAUCUUAAAUUACACGUUUCUCCCUUGUUUUCUUGAGAAGAAAGCUACCCCUUAACUAAGCAUACGCUUUAAAAGCUCUCAAGGUUUCAGUGAUGGUGAAUCGUGGUAAUUCAGUCACACUUUUGUCUGGUUUUCUUAUAAUUCUUCUGGUGAUACAACUACACUUUGAUCCCACGACGGCAGCUCGACAUGCACCUGUUGUUUCCUGGUCACCACCUGAGCCGCCUAAAGAUGAUUUUGUGUGGUACCACAAGAUCAACCGCUUCAAGAACAUAGAACAAGAUGCGUUCAGGCCAACUCACCAAGGUCCUAGUCAAGGUAUUGGACACAAGAGCCCUCCUGGUGUGUCUUAA